AUGUCUAUGGAGUCAAGCGUUAUUGAGCACAUGGAGAUGGACGAGGACGAUUCUUUUGCGUUUUGUGAAGGCGAUGGGGCUUUUCAUUCGGCUUUUGAAGACGAUUUUGAGCAAACUCUUGCUAUGCUUGAUAUGGACGUCGAGGAAGUGAUGAUCGAGGUUGAAAAUUCUCAUGAAGAGGUGAGUUAAAAUAUCAAAAACAAAGUAAGCCAUGCCUUUUCAAUAACCGAACUUAUAAUCAAACUUAAAUCUUCAUCUCUAGGUCGAAGGAAAUAAGCAAUUCCCUUGCGAGUUUUGCGAGAAAAUUUGCAAGUCGAAGGGUGGUCGAACCAAGCAUCAACGAAGUAAACACGAAUUGGGAGAAAGUUCAACUUCGUCUUCUACCAGAGACGUC